GGCUCUGUCACAAAUAAUAUAAUUAGCUUAGGCUGCCUUGCAACCAUAGCUGUUUAGCUGCAGUAAAGAGUUUCUUCAUUAUGCUGCGGCCACAAGGUUACGAGUUACACCGAUACUGAAGGGUUCUCUCGUUAAAAAGCGACUUGUAUACAGAACUUAUACCCGAAAAUCACAGGAGACGGCUAUUUCGAGGAGCUCACAGCUGACACUUGUGCAAGAAUCUGGAGUGGCUUUUCCGUAAGAAAUCAAUACAGGCCUAAUAUGUCUGUAUUUGACGUUGGAACAUCAGCGAAACUGUAAAACCUCAUGCGUGAGUCGCUAUUUUAAUACGCUGUGCAUCAGUUGCAUCUUGGCACAAAGUUUCGCCGCACGUCCCGUGUAAGCUGCGUAUACGUUUGGGAGGCACCUGAGGAAUUUGCGGUGCGGACCAACGUGGGACCGUUUCUGCCUCGUGAGUACACAGCGUGCGCGCUCCUGUCUCCAUAUCACUGACACUUCAAUUAAUUCUACGGCUACACGAGACAGACAUGCAUUACGGUACGCGCACGAGCAGCAAAGAAAAGCUCCGAACAUGCACGCCGAUAACCACCAAAUGACACCAGACACGUGUUGUCAUAUUUAGCUGGUCUGGAUCCAAAAUUAAUUCCGAGCUCAAGCCUUGUCGCGCACCGGAGUGACUUAUUAACAAGCGCAGCUAACAGCCUGGUUGUGUUUGCACCCUGCAGUCAGUUGCUGGGGACGCACGUUGUAAAAUGAGGUUGGUAAGCAUCAUUUUAUUCGUCGCCCUUUGCUCUUUUACCGCUUAUUAUAUUUAUGAGCCAAUUCCAGAGGAGAUAGAAGAAAGAUGGAAACUCAUGCUGACCAACUCCUUCUUCAGAAGUCUCAGCCACCUGGCAGACCUUAGUGAAUUGCUGGGGCUGAAGGACUACAUGGGGGUAAUGUACUUCAUUACUCUGGCUGAAAAGGUAGUGCCUGUGUCUGAUGAGCAUGUCAAGGUGACAGAGGAGAAGUUUGAUGGAGUGGAGGUGGUGCUUUACCAGCCAAAGCAGCAGGGCAGUGACACUGAACUCAGGAGAGCUGUCAUAUACCUUCACGGUGGAGGAUGGUGUCUGGGGAGUUCUCGGAUGAGUCCAUAUGAUCUCCUGGCCAGAAAAAUUGUCACUGAGCUAGAUGCGGUCGUUCUUUCUGUGGAGUACCGCCUUGCCCCUGCUCACCAUUUCCCUGUCCCAUAUGAGGAUGUAUACCAUGUGGUCAAAUAUUUCUUCCAGAAGGGGGUGCUGGCCCAGUACGCUGUUGACCCAGGACGCAUUGCUGUGUCUGGGGAUAGUGCUGGGGGGAACCUGGCAGCUGCAGUCUCUCAACAGUUACAAAAAGAGUCUGGGCAGCAGAUUCAGUUGAAGGCCCAAGCACUCAUCUACCCAGUGCUGCAGGCUCUGGACCUUAACACUCCUUCAUAUCAGCAGAAUCAGGACAUGCCCAUUCUGCCCCGCACCCUCAUGGUGCGUUUCUGGAGUGAGUACUUCACCAGCGACAAGGCCCUUUUCAAAGCCAUGAUGGCUAACACUCACAACAACCCUGAGUCUUCCAGCUUGCUGAAGUUUGUCAACUGGAGCGCCUUUCUGCCAGAAACAUAUCAUGGAGAAUACAACUACAGUGCUCCUGCUGUGGUGCAGGGAGUUGGAGUGGAGGCAGUUGGGAUGGAUGGACCAUCCCGAUCUUUUGCUGACCCAAGGGCAUCACCCCUGCUGGUUCCAGACACGGCCUUACACUCUCUCCCCAAAGCCUACGUUAUUACAUGUGAGUAUGAUGUUCUCCGAGAUGAUGGCAUCAUGUAUGUCACACGGCUCCGUGCUGCUGGUGUUGAGGUGACACAUGAACAUUAUGACACAGGAUUUCACGGAGCGCUGAUGUUCACCGUAUGGCCAACUGACUUCCUCAUUGCACGUCGCAUGACAGACAACUAUAUCGAAUGGCUCAAAGAAAACUUGUAAAAACUCUUGACUAUUAAUAUUCAUUCCAGUUUUUCCACACAAUGCACCAAUGUUUGUUUUUUUCCCACCUGGUGUUCAACUUUUUGUUGUUUAUGUUUUCUCUUCAUUCAUGCUAUUUUUCUGUAAAUAUAUUGAGAACUAUAUUAACUUCAUUUAUUUUCCCACUCAUGCAAUUUAUUAUAUUAGAUACCAGGACAGGAAACAGGACUUAGUAUAGUACAAUUUAGAUUUAUUCACAUAUGGUUAUUUGAGUACAACACCAUACAUAUGACAUCACUCAUCACUCAUGUACACUAGUAGUAUUGUGUUUAUUGUCCAACAAACAUAAUCCUGCCCAGAGAGAUCUCAAGGGAAAAAUCAAACCCUGCAGUAUCACUAAAGUUGUGUUGUAGAUAGUUAAAAAAUUCUCUCAGCUGGUCAGCCGGCCUUGUGUGAUGCUGACCAUCCUUUUUUCCUACCCCAGGACACACUUACCUGAUCUUAUGUCCUCUGCAUCACUAUCAAUGCUAUUAGUUAGUAAUGCAUACCACUUAGAAAAUCUGAUCUAUCCCAUUAGGGGUUUUAAGAAUCCAGUAUAAGUCUUAGCAAAGCAGAAUUGGAUUUUCAUUACAAAAAAAAUGUACUCAGUUUAGCCAAAAUCAACAUUUAUCACUGAGGGCAGCUGACACCGAAACCUGGGAUUGUUUUGAUGUGUUUGCAAAACCAUAACUUGCAUGUAGUGGUUGCUGACAUUAAAUCAAAAAUUGGCAAGUGUUAUUCAUUUAAAUACAGCAACACUAUAUUUCACGAGGACAGAAUCGGCCCAUAGUUGUGUAAGCAAGUGCUGGUAUGUGCUUAUAUGGUAAAUGGUUAAAAUUGCAGAGUGAAUUAGCACAACAUCCUAUUGUAUCUAUUCACAUUUCCAGAAGAAUAACAAAAAAAGGUGUAUACUUGUUUUCUUUGUAAUGGCUGCACAUCUGGGCCACAUUCCAUACAGAGUAUCGGUAUUUAUAAGUGAAAACCAUGCUGUAACGAUGUGCAUACCUCCAGACAUUCUUCACACCAUUUGUACACACAUUGUUUGUGAUUGAGCUUAGCUGAAUGUGAUGUAGUAAUAUGGCAAAAUAAUGGAUAAUAUUCAAGAGGGAAUUUCGGUAACAUUUAUAAUAAGAUUUAUAGGGGUGUGUGUAUGUACUACCUCCUUCUUUGUUCAGGCAUGAUUCUAUUGUAAUGUGAGUAAACAGCUUUGCAUUUGAUGAUCCCAAAAGUGCAGUCAUUUGAGAAUAAGAAUAAAGCUCAUUAAAUCAUAAAUUCGACCUUCUAUAUGUUAACAAUAAAUAAGCUAUUAUAGGUUUUGCUUCUGUAAGAGCAAGUUGCUAGUGCAAGACCAACUGCCAGUCUCAUGAUAAAAGUUGUAACAUGGAACAAUGUGCAGACAGGAGAUUAUAUGGCUGGCAGAAAGACUGUAUGCAUAGCUCUGAUCUGCGUAUGUAUGACUGCAGUCCCUGAGGGCCAACAAUCAUAUUAGGUGGCUUGAAACCAUUCUCAUAGCUCUCCCUUGUAUCUUUUUUUAUCCUUCUGUCUGUGGGUGACAUCACCCUGUGACUUCUCUGAACAUGGGAUGGCUAUCUAAAAGACAACAUCGAGGUAAAGGUUAUCAAAAAAUAAUCCUUCAUAACCUCUGGUUAACACUGUUUUUAAGCUUUACUGCUCAAAAGGAGUUCUUGUAUUAUGAAACAGGUGAAAUCUCAGCUUUUAGGCAUGUCUUUCUUUUUUUCCUUUUCUUUUUUUCUCAUUUUUAUACACUGUACACUAUCACAUAAAGUAUGUAACUUUUCAAACAAGUGACAGCUUUACUGAGAAACCUGGCUCUUUUGCUUAAGCGAUGCUACAUUCUCAGUUGUAAAUAUAACUUUCUAUUUUUGUUUUGGAUUACCUCUUGGAGAGCAUAUGAUUUGCAUCAAUUUUAAUUUCGAUGUUAUCUGACAAUAAAUUGACUUGACCUUUCA